GACCCACUCGGCCUCGGCACGUCCGAGACGAUCACUCCCUUUCGCGAGGCAGAGAUCAAGCACGGCCGCCUCGCGAUGCUGGCCGCCAUCGCGUGGCCGCUGCAAGAGAUCCUCCACCCGAUCCUGGUGGACGCGGCGCGGGCGGACGGCCUCGGCGUUCGGGACGGCCUCGCAGCGUCGGCGGGCAAGUCGCCCUCUCUCCUCAACGGCGGGCUCGACCAGUGGGAGCUGGCGCCGGCGCUGUCGCUCUUUGUCUUUGUGGGCGCGGUCCUCGAGCUGCAGGACAUCAAGGCGCGCAAGCAGCUCGGCCUCAAGUUCAACGAGUGGCCGACGUCGGACGUGCCCGGCUGCGUGCGCACCCCCGCGCAGCGGCUGCCCGAGGUGCCCCUGUCGGCGCCCUUUGACCCGCUGAAGAUCUGUGGCGGCCUGAGCGGCGAGGAGCGGCGCGCCUUCCAAGAGAAGGAGCUCCUCAACGGGCGCAUCGCGAUGCUCGCCGUCGCAAACUACGUCGCAAUCGAGGCCGCCUGGCAGGUGCCCAUCGUCCAGUUCACGCCGAGCCUCUUCCGCCCGCUCUUCCUCGACCCCGCCUUCCGCCUCUUCCUGGACGGCGCCUUCCAGUCUGCCACCAUGAUGGGAUCCGUGGACGGCGUCGCCAUCUGAGGCGCGGCGCGCGGCGCGCGACUUGGCGCGUCGGCGGCUCGGCUGGCCUCUUCCUUUUCGCGGACCGUCGUCUCGCGUGCUCCCCUCUCGCGCGCACGCUCGAUCGGCGGCAGCGGCUGGUUUGCCGGUUUUCGUGCGUGGUUUAAUGUAUUCUCGCUUGUGUGUUGUCGUACGCGUCGUGGCUGGCUUCGAAUUCUUGUCUUGCUGGGCUCACACCCAUACAGUACU